GAAACGCAUGCGGUUGUCGGUGCUCUCGGUUCUUGAUCCUCCUCCAUAAUCGGUGGCUCCGGAUGCCAUAAAGUCCCCACGACUACCAUUCCUCUCAACUGCACUUACUGCAACCUGUGCGCCUUCACCAAAUAUAAGAUUUCCAAACCAAACGAAUACCCAGUGAAUAAUCUAAGCUGCCGAAGAGUAUGCAAUAGUGUUUAGUGCCUAGUGAGUGAUUUAGUGAGCCAGUUUAAUAGGAAUACCUAAUAAUGCACGAUCCCAGCGACUACGACUCGGUUUACAGCGAGGAGGACUUUCUGGACACCGUGCGAGGAGCUGAAACUCCUCCGCUGAUGGACUACGAAGAAUUUCGGGUGAAGACAAUGGAUGAAAGACAGCACAUACAGAAGAAAACAUUCACAAAAUGGAUCAAUUCACAUCUCAUCGAUACCCAGUGCACACCAGUGAAGGAUUUGUUCUUGGACCUGCGGGACGGACAUCGAUUGCUGGCCCUGCUGAGCACGCUGACUCAAACCAACCUGAAACCCGAAAAAGGUCGGAUGCGGGUGCACCACAUCAAUAAUCUGAACAAGGUGAUUACCGAGAUCCAGCAGCAUGGUGUCAAGUUGGUGAACAUCUCCAGCGAUGACAUAGUGGGUGGCAAUGCCAAGUUGACCCUAGGCCUCAUUUGGCUUAUAGCGCUGGAGUUCAAUGGCCAGCAUCUAGUCAAGAGUCAUUCGAGCAACGGGGUGGAGAAGUCCCUAUUGGCCUGGGCACGUCAGUAUACGGAAGCUCAUGGCCUGCAGCUGAAUGAUUUCUCCAGUUCGUGGUCCGAUGGAAGAGCCUUUCUCAUGAUCCUGGAUGCUCAUGUGGAGGAGCUGAAUCUGCAGGCGGCUUUGCAGCAACAUGCACUGAAAAGACUGCAUUUGGCUUUUGACUUAGCACAUAGGCACUUUAAGAUUGAAAAGCUGCUGGAUGCCGAGGAUGUGCACACCCACAAGCCAGAUAACAAGUCAAUACAGAUGUAUGUGAUGUGCCUUUACCACGCCAUGGAAUCCAUGAGGACAAGGCAGCAGGAGCAGGAGCAGGAUGAGGGACAGGAUCAGGAUCCGGGGAGAGUGCCCUGCACCAGCAUCACAGACUUGGAUGAGGUGCCACUGGACAAUGACCAAACCAGUUUGGGCCUUUAUACUUCAGACAGUGCUGGCAGCAUGGAGCAGCGAUCUUCGGGGGAGCUGAAGACCCACUCCAUGCGUCCGUUGAGCACGGCCACCAAUGCGAGUGUGGAGAUCAGUGGCUAUCAGUCAGCUCUCGAGGCAGUACUCACCCUCCUACUGGAAGAUGAGCAGCUGCUCUCACAGAAUUUGCCGGAUCCCCAGGAUUUUCAGACUGCCAAGCUGCAGUUUCACGAAAACGAAAGCUUCAUGCUGAAGCUCACCGAACAUCAGGAGUAUGUGGGAGAAGCUCUGGAGGAGGGUAGCAACCUCAUCAACGAAUCCCAGAAGGCUGGAGCUGGUUUGAGUCAGGAGGAUCAAAACGAAGUGAGGCAACAAAUGGUGUUGCUCAACGAACGUUGGGAAACCUUGAGAUUGCGAGCCUUAGAUGUUCAAGCCAAAAUCCUAAUGAGACUGGCCGAGUUUCAGAAGCAAAAACUCGAACAGCUUCGUCAGUUUCUCACCAGUGUCGAAGAUCGUAUAUCCCAUAUGAGUGAUAUAGGACCUACCAUAGAAGAAGCGGAAAAGCAAAUUUUGGAAGCCCAGAAACUGAAAGCAGAUCUAAGUGAGCAGCAGGAACUGGUGGAUAGUCUGAGCAGCAUGGUGGUCAUUGUAAACGAUACCUCUGGCAACUUUAAUGAUCUAGAAGAUCGCUUGAGUGCCUUGGGGGAGAGAUGGUCGCAUGUGGUGAAGUGGAGUGAUCUGCGAAAAGAGAAACUGCAGCAGUAUAAAUGUAUCUCCAGAUGGCUGGAUGCCCGCGAGCAGGAUCUCAAGCUCAUGGAGAGUCGCGAUGUCACAGAUGUGGGCGGCAUUACCCAGCGUAUCAAUGAGCUAAACUAUUGUGCCAAGGAUCUGUUGGAACUGCAGAGAUAUCUGAUAGAUCUGCGACAAAUGGUGGCUGCCACAUUGCAGGAUGGUGAUGACAAGGGCGAACGGGUGCUCAUCCAAUUAGAGAGUUAUGAAGAUCGUUUAGAUGCCUUAAAGCAGAUUGUUGAAGUACAAACUGUGCGAAUCGAAACGAAGGGCUUUAACUUUGGACGAGAUCGAGCUAGCUAUGAUGACAGCAGGGUGGUGCGUCCAGAAGGAUGGGUGGACUACCAGAUGAUCAUACGCUUCGGUGAAGAUGAUUCUCAGGAAGACGAUGACGAGCAUGACUUGGCCAGCAAGAAGCGGAAGCUUAGAAACGCUGACAAUUUCAAUGCCCUCGAGAAUCACAUCAUGGAGCACUUCGGCUAUGUCCAGGAAGUGGAGCAAAAGCUACAGCAGUUGCAGAGGCAAAGUCUUCGGCAACAGUGUGAAUUACUCAAGGAACUUCAGGCGGAAAACAGUCGACGCUGCGGUACUUUACCCGAACUUAAGAAACUCUACGAAGUCUGUGAGCUGGAGGAUCCGUCGAGGAACCUUCUCCUGGAGGAAACACACAUCAAGCAGCUGGAGCAACGAUAUGCGAACUUGUCUCAAAAACUAUCAAGCCAACAGAGCGAAAGCCGUACGCUGUUGGCCAAGGAAAAGUAUUACAAUAGUCUGACAGGAUUUAAAUUAGUUUUAGCUGAUUCCAGAGAUUGGUAUAAGCAACACGCCGGCUCAGCAAGUGGCAACGAGCUAGAACAGCGUUUGAGCCACAUGGAAUCCCUGUCAUCGGAGAUUUCAGAGGCCAAGACAGCCACCGAGGAGCUGGAUGACAAUCUAAUUGAAUGGAAGCAGGACUUCGGUCUGUUCUACGACAGUUGGCAUGACAUGAAGCAGGCUCUGCAGGCCCUAAUUCAACAGAGAGGCGGCGAAAGUCUUUCACGGCAGUUGAAACAAGUCCAAGAUUUUGUAACCAAAGUGUCUAAUCAAAAGGUUCGCGUUUCCAAUCUGGAAGUCAUGCAGAAGCAGCAGCAUUUGCUGAACCAAUUGGUAGACGAAAUGGAGUCCCUUCGGCUAACCUACGAUAAUAUACCGAAACACCUGAUUGGCGAAGAACUACAAACCACUUGGAACCGACUUCCCGAACAGCUAAAUGAGCGCGUGAUUAAGCAAACCACAGCUAUAGAAAACCUAAACCACUUUGCUGCGGAGUAUAAUGCCAUUAUAGCCAUGCUACGAAGUGCAGCCGAUUCCAAGUUGAAUGGAAGUGAUGGUGGUAGCAGUCAAGAUCUCCGAAAACUGGAGAUCGAUGUGAUAAGCGCUCGAAAUUUCAGCGAAAUUCUGAUCAAGGAGGCGGAGCCAGCCCAAAAGGAGUCGCUACAAUCGCAGAUUAGGGCUCUCAAUACGUUGUACGAUCAAGUGGAACAGGUUCAUCGGGAGAAGAAGCAACAGCAGACGGUCCUGCAAUCCCAGAUUGAUCUCAUCCAGCUGAGGCUCAAGGAAACCGAUCAGUGGUUAACUGAUCUGGAGAAUAAUACACCCAAAUCGGGAAUUAGCGAUAUAGUAAACUCCAACGAGUUGUUCCAGAGCAAGAGUCGCUUUCAGACUCUUAAAGAAACCUGCGAAAGAGAAACCACACAGUUCAGGGAUCUCAACGAACGUGGUGGUGAGCUGCUCCUCCAAAUGGAUGAGCUUCAGGACCAGGAUAGGGAGUCCCGAUACGGAUCGCUGGCAAAGCAAUUCACACGCAUCAAUGCCAGAUGGACGGAGGUCACCGAGCUGGUUUAUGCGAAGACAGCUCUUCUCGAGCAUAUAUCAACGCAGCUGGGGGAGUUCAAGAAGUUCAUGGUUAGCGAGACGGGUUACCUGGACAAGUUGGAAAACAAGAUACGAAACACACCAGAGAAUGCAGCCGACGCAGAGGAGAUCAUGGAGGAGCUUGAUGAUCUGGAGAACGUUCUGCGCUCGCACUCUGAGGAAUGGCUGGACAAGAUUCAGGAAAUUGGCAACGAGCUAAUUGACAACGAAUUCAUGGCCCACUCCAUACGACGCGACAUUGAUGAAACCGUCCAACGGUGGACACAACUCCAGCAGCAGGCCAAGAAGCGAACCGAGCUCCUGGAGCAAAAGGUCAGCGAGGCGGAGCAGUCCGAGAAGUGCAUCGUGCAGUUCGAAAAGUGGCUGACCCGUGUGGACGACAUACUCAGCGAUUAUCUGGAGAACGAUGUGACCCUUGCAGAUCAGCCGGAGGAUUUCCAGCGCUUGGCACGCGAGUUUGUGGCCAAUGAGAAAAACUUUACGGAGAUCAGCGAACUUAUUGACGAGCACACGAGGAACGGCAAGGUGGGAGCUGCCAAUCGCCUCCAGGAGCAGCUUAACCUGAUGGAGGUGCGGUUCAAGUACUGCCAAGCCAAGCUGAGCAAGUGUACCGCACCCCAACCUGCCUACGAAUCGCAUUUGAAUAGGGCCUAUACGGAUCUUCGAAACGUGGAGCGAUCCACACAGGUACUAGAUGUCGCAUCCGCCGGCCCCAACACGGUUCAGGCUCAAUACCAAAACUGUCUGCAAAUUUAUCGCACUCUGUCGGAGAUAAAGGCGGAAAUCGAGAGAACUAUUAAAACCGGUCGCAGGGUUUGCGAGGACAGGUACACAAAAUCGCCGAAGCAACUUAGUCAGCGGAUUGAUGCGCUGAAGCACCUGUACAAUGCCCUCGGAGAGAAUGUGACCCAGUCAAAGGCGUUACUGGAAAGCCUGCUCAGAUUAGCGAGGCAAUUAGAGGAGUGUUUCGAUUCGGCGGACAGCCUAAUCCGGCGCUUUGAGUCGCCGCAAGAGGUCCAUGACAGGAACUCCAUACUCCUGGAGUUCGAGGAUGUGCUGCGAAGGUGCGAGGACCACUAUAAUGAGUAUAGCAAAUCCUGCGACCAGAGCUGUAUGGUGGAAACCCGUCAGAGGAUCGAUGGCUUGAAGGCCACGUACCACAAGUUGACCAGUGCGGACAUAAUCAAGCGGCUCACCGAGAUGAAGGCCACCCUGCAGAACCUGGACAACAUUUCACUGGAGACUUUAAAGGCAAUGGAGCACGACCUGAAGGAGAUAAAUGUGCCCUCGAAUCCGGAAAUUGAGAAAUUGCAGCAGCAAGUAAUUGCAAUUGUCGUGGAUGUGCUGAAAACCCGUUUCAAUGAAGCCACAACGCUUGCCGCUCGAAAUACGAGCUCUCCCGAAAAUGACGACACGGAAAUAGUUGUGGUCAGCGAUACAGUGCGUCAACGACGUGCCAGGACACCCCAAUCGGGGGAAUCGCCAUCAUCCGCCCACACCAGUUCCUCGGAGUCGCCAACGAAGGGUGUGGAGAAUACUCCGGUUGCGGUUGGCGACCAAGUCCUGCCGGAUCUCCUUCCACCACAAACAUUCCGGCUGGCCGAGUCCAGUACCCUGUUCUCGCAGAUUUCCCUUAAUCCCGAGAAGGUAUCCACUCCACCACCUAAACCGGUAAAAACUAAGCGAAAGGCCCCAAGUUCUCCCGCCCAGGUGGUGGAGAUCAAGGUGAAGAACAUCCAAAACGAUAAAAUGUCUGUGCAGAAUAUUGAUCUGGAACCGCAGCAGGGUGAAAUCGUGGACACCGUCAAUAUCCUGGAGAGUGUGGAACCAUUUGUACCCGAAUAUGUGGAGACCGUACAGAUUGUAGAUCUCUCCGAGGACUCGGAUUCAUCGGUUAGAGUUGAUAGUCAGGGCAAUGAGGUGCGACGAUCGAAGAGCAAACACUCUUUGCACGAGACUCCACUGCCCAAGGUUUCGGAUAACGAUGAAGAUUCGGCGGGACAGGAGGAGGACCUCCUGCGUCCCUCGGCUGAGAAUACAAGCACUCCGUUCCUGAGGGUGGAAAAACGCCGCAUUUCCUUCGAUGAGAAACGCAAGCGAGUAGCUAAUGAGCGCGAUAUCCUGCGCGAUUCCGAAGAGGAGGAACCCAAAACACCGGAUACUCCACGGACAGCGCAAGUCUCCAAGCCAAAGCGCUGGCGCCAACUGCAGCCAGAAAUGGAUGCUCUGGAACCCGAAUCACCCGGUCGCGAUAGUUUCUAUAGUCCCGACAAAGAAUCCGGUUUCGAUGCUGAGCCUCUCGUGUUUUCCGACGAUGAGGAUAUACCGCGUUUCUCGCUGGAAAUGACACCAACCAUUGACUCCGAUAGUGAUACGAGUCGCAUUGAGACGCCCUCUACCAAAAAGCCCAAUCCUUUCCUGAGCAAGGUGCUGGAAUCGAUGCCUUCUCCGGUGGAUGACUCAAAUGUAACGCUCAAAAGCCCGCUCAGCGAACAGCCCCAGAAUCUGGAUGAUCGUGUCCGGGAGUUCGACAAGCAGGCCAAGCAGAUGAUCUACAAGUUGAAGCUUACGAAGGCCAAGAUUGAACAGUGUCACGAAAGCGAAGCAGAGGACCUGCGGCUCCUAAUAGCUCCCGAUGCAGCCACCUUGAUAUCCCAGGGUGACUCAUUGGUUCUGGAAACCCAUGGAAGGCAGGGCAGCAUAUCCCGCCUGGUGAUGCGCACCCAAAUAAUAUUGAGGGAACAAUUCCGAGAAGUGCAGCAAGCCAGAUCCAAGACCUCGGGAAGUGGGGCACCAGCUCCUCCACUGGACAGCGUGAACAUCGAGGAGUUGGUUACCAAGGGACUGCGUCGCAUCAACGUUCUCAUAGAAAAGACCGUCGAUCUAAAGUCAAGCAGUGAUCUUGAGAAGCGCAUGGAGGAUAUCAACGAGCGGCACGACGAUUUGCAGGUGAUUGUCAGCGCCAUUGGCAAGAACGCCCAGAUGCCGAAGGUCACGCCCCUCAUGAUGAACGAAAUUGAAAAGACGAAAAACAAUUUGAUAGCUCAUGCGGAUUCCAUUGAGCUCUCGUUGACGGAACUAAGAAAUGGCCCCCGAAUUUCCAAUGGCAAGGAGCGCCCAGAUGCAUCCAGUACGUCCACCAUGAGCUCUCGUUCCGAGUACAAUAACGAGCCGAGUGGUACUGGAGCGUUGGCCGGCAGCUUCGAUAAGUCGGUACUGCAAAUUUCCGACUGGCUGACUUGGGAACAAAACAUGAUCAAGAUACAGAGCGUGCUCGUCGACGAUGGCGAUGCAGUGCGACUGGCCAUCGAGAAGCAGGAGAAAGUCCUGCGUGAAUUGAAAAUGAAAAAGCCGCAGCUCAACGAACUGGUUCACACGGCGGAAGUGCUUAAAGGCGACGUAAAACGGCAGCAACUCCAGGAGAAAGAGCUGAAACAGUUUUCCCUAGCACCGCACUGUUCAGCGGACUUAGAUUAUAUGCGUUGCUGUCUGAAAGUGACCCGAUUGCGAGAACACUGGGAUGAGACGUCCCAAUGUGUCCUGCAGCGAGCUGCCCAACUGAAAAACAUGCUGAGCGACUCACAGCGGUUCGAGGCCAAGCGCCUGGAGCUGGAGAAGUGGCUGGCCCGCAUGGAGCAGCGUGCUGAGCGCAUGGGAACCAUCGCCACUACAGCCGACAUCCUGGAGGCCCAGCAGAAGGAGCAAAAGUCCUUCCAUGCGGAGUUGCACCAGAACAAACAACACUUCGAUAUCUUCAAUGAGCUGACCCAGAAACUGAUUGCCGUCUAUCCCAAUGAUGAUACCACCAGGAUCAAGAAGAUGACAGAGGUCAUCAAUCAAAGAUAUGCUAACUUAAACAGCGGAGUCAUCAAUCGUGGCAAGCAACUGCAUGCAGCGGUGCAUAGCCUUCAAUCUUUUGAUCGAGCCAUGGAUCAGUUCCUUGCUUUUCUUUCGGAAACGGAAACACUUUGUGAAAACGCCGAGUCUGAUAUUGAACGCAAUCCGUUAAUGUUCAAGGACCUACAAUCGGAAAUUGAAACCCAUCGCGUGGUUUACGAUCGUCUCGAUGGAACAGGCCGCAAACUUUUGGGUUCGCUCACCUCACAAGAGGAUGCGGUUAUGCUGCAGCGUCGCCUCGAUGAAAUGAAUCAACGUUGGAAUAAUUUAAAAUCGAAAAGUAUUGCAAUCAGGAAUCGCCUGGAGUCCAAUUCGGAGCACUGGAACGCCCUGCUCUUGUCGCUCCGCGAACUGACCGAGUGGGUUAUCCGCAAGGACACUGAACUGAGCACUUUGGGCCUGGGUCCCGUUCGCGGCGAUGCCGCCAGUCUACAGAAACAGUUGGACGAUCAUAAAGCCUUUCGCCGCCAAUUGGAGGAUAAGCGGCCAAUUGUCGAGAGCAAUUUAACGAGCGGUCGUCAGUACAUCGCCAACGAAGCAGCCGUCUCGGAUACCAGCGAUACGGAGGCCAACCAUGACUCCGACUCGCGUUACAUGUCCGCCGAGGAGCAGAGCCGUGAGCUAACACGCAGCAUUCGGCGGGAGGUGGGAAAACUUUCCGAGCAGUGGAACAAUCUAAUCGAUAGAUCUGACAAUUGGAAGCAUCGCCUGGAUGAGUACAUGACGAAAAUGCGUCAGUUCCAAAAGAUCCUGGAGGAUCUCAGCUCCCGCGUUGCCCUUGCCGAGCAGACAAAAACCUCCUGGCUGCCACCCUCCUCCGUGGGCGAGGCCAAUGAGCAGAUGCAACAGUUGCAGCGCCUGAUGGACAAGAUGACGACGGCCAGUGCGCUUCUGGAUGACUGCAACGAGCAGCAGUCCUUCUUCACCGCCAAUCAGGUCCUGGUGCCCACACCCUGCCUCUCUAAGCUGGAGGACUUGAACACACGCAUGAAACUCCUGAAAAUUGCGAUGGACGAGCGCCAGAAGGUCCUUUGUCAGGCUGGAGCCCAGCAGACGCACGAGAACGGCGACGACGGACGCACGACAUCGAACAGCGGCACCAUUGGACCCCUGCCCAAUCUCGGCCAGAGCGUGAAGCCGCCAUGGGAGCGGGCCACCACAGCCGCCAAUGUGCCUUACUAUAUCGACCACGAACGUGAGACGACGCACUGGGACCAUCCGGAGAUGAUUGAGCUGAUGAAGGGCUUGGCAGAUCUCAACGAGAUACGCUUUUCCGCCUACAGAACGGCCAUGAAACUGCGAUCUGUUCAGAAGCGAUUGGCUCUCGACAGGAUUAGCAUGUCCACCGCCUGCGAGUCCUUCGAUCGACAUGGCCUGCGUGCCCAAAACGACAAGCUGAUCGACAUACCCGACAUGACCACGGUGCUGCAUUCGCUCUACGUGACAAUCGAUAAAAUUGAUUUGACGCUAAUGCUGGACCUGGCCAUCAACUGGAUCCUGAAUGUCUACGACUCACAGAGGACCGGCCAAAUCCGCGUCCUCAGCUUCAAGGUCGGACUGGUCCUCCUCUGCAGGGGUCACCUGGAGGAGAAGUAUCGCUAUCUGUUCCGCCUGGUUGCAGACACUGACCGACGAGCGGAUCAGAGGCGACUGGGGCUCCUGCUGCACGAUUGCAUUCAGGUACCCCGCCAACUAGGUGAAGUAGCCGCUUUCGGUGGCUCCAACAUUGAGCCCUCAGUGAGAUCCUGCCUGGAGCAGGCUGGCAUCUCUCAGGAGGCCAUCGAUGGCAACCAGGACAUCUCCAUCGAACUGCAGCACUUCCUUGGCUGGCUGCAGCACGAACCGCAGAGCCUCGUGUGGCUUCCGGUGCUCCAUCGCCUGGCGGCGGCGGAGGCGGCCAAGCACCAGGCCAAGUGCAACAUCUGCAAGGAGUACCCGAUCGUGGGCUUCCGCUACAGAUGCCUCAAGUGCUUCAACUUCGACAUGUGCCAAAAGUGUUUCUUCUUCGGCCGCAACGCCAAGAACCACAAGCUCACGCAUCCCAUGCACGAGUACUGCACCACUACCACAUCCACCGAGGACGUUCGUGACUUUACACGCGCCCUGAAGAACAAAUUCAAGAGUCGCAAAUACUUCAAGAAGCAUCCAAGAGUGGGAUACCUGCCCGUUCAGAGUGUUUUGGAGGGUGAUGCACUGGAGAGUCCGGCGCCCAGUCCGCAGCACACAACCCACCAGCUGCAGAACGACAUGCACUCCCGCUUGGAGAUGUACGCCUCACGACUGGCUCAGGUGGAGUACGGCGGAACAGGCUCAAAUUCCACGCCGGACAGUGAUGACGAGCACCAACUGAUCGCUCAGUAUUGCCAGGCUCUGCCCGGAACUUCGAAUGGAAGUGCGCCCAAGUCGCCUGUCCAAGUAAUGGCCGCCAUGGAUGCCGAGCAGCGGGAGGAACUGGAGGCGAUCAUCCGCGAUUUGGAGGAGGAGAACGCCAACCUGCAGGCGGAGUACCAGCAAUUGUGCAGCAAGGAGCAGAGCGGCUUGCCCGAGGACUCCAAUGGCAUGCAACACUCCAGUUCUAGCAUGACUGGUCUUUCUGGCCAGGGCGAGCAGGGCCAGGACAUGAUGGCGGAAGCGAAGCUGCUGCGCCAGCACAAGGGACGCCUCGAGGCGCGUAUGCAAAUCCUGGAGGAUCACAAUCGGCAACUGGAAGCCCAGUUGCAGCGACUACGCCAACUUCUCGAUGAACCCAAUGGCGGCGGUAGUAGCGCCACCAGCAGCGGUCUGCCCAGCGCCCCCGGCUCCGCGUUGAACUCCAAACCCAACACCCUCCAGACCCGGUCGGUGACCGCCUCGCAAUUGAACACGGACUCACCGGCAAAGAUGAACCAACAGAAUGGCCACUACGAGCACAACUCAAAGGGAAUUAUGCUGCCGGGCAUGAACAGCGAGAUGCAGCAACAGCACGCCCAGCUGGCGAGCUUGGCGGCGAAGCAUCAUCAGCACCAGCUCAGCGGAGCCCUGAAUGCGUUGCACCAACAGCAGCAGUUGCAGCAGCAGCAUCCGCAGCAACAAAGGAGCCUGAUGAUAGGCAAUGGCGGAAUGGACAUUUCCGGCGGCAUGCAGACAUCGGGCGGAUAUCUGGGCGACGACGGACGUCCACCGCCGCCCCCGCACUCCAGUCUCAUGCAACAGCAGCACCAGCAGCACUUGAAUGAGAACUCAAGCGGCCUGGUGACCGUAAUCACAGAGCAGGAAUUGGAGUGCAUCAACGAUGAUCUGGAGGACUCGUCGAGCAGCAACACUACGAACACCACGACGACGACGACGACCACGGCAACCACGGAGAAGACCUGCGUGGAGCUGCAAAAAUAACACCUUCGAUACUUAAUUGCAUGGCAUUCAACUAUGAAACAAAACAAUGAAACAGUAUAAGAAUCCAAAAGAAUUAAAUGCAUGUGAGGAAAUCCAAUUGGCUGGCCUGCAAAACAUUCUAAAUAAUCAUACCUAAACACCUAAAGAUAGAUCCAUAUAACUAUUGUGGUACAUAUAUUUAUACAUUAUUGCGAAGAAUCAGAUGGAAAAGAAUUUCAAGAAGAGCUUCGAGUAAGCUGAGAACACUUUUUAGUAGUUAUGAAAGAUACAAAUCUAUAUAUAUUAUAUACAAAUAUCGAAGCAUAAGUAAGUGAGACAUAUUGAAAGCUGGAAAUAAUGCAGAAAUGAUUUAAAGAUUAGAUAAGCUGUAACUCCCACACAUACUUACAUCCUAUGAUAUAAUAAAAAAGAAACAACUAUAUCAUAAAUGAAACAUAAUCAUAAUUUGCUAGUACAUGAAAAAUUGUUAUAACUCGCACUUUUUUCAAAAAACUGAUAGGAAACAAAUCAAUUUCAAAGAUACAAGAAAAACCAGCUAACAGUUUUUGGUUAGCUUUCAUAUCAUUUUAAAGCUUAUACAAUAAGUGUUUUAAAUGUAAAUUUCGAAACAUGCAAUCAGUUUUAAUUUGUAUCCUUAUUUAUUCCGAUUUCUUGUGUAUUAUUUCUUAAUAUUAUUUAAUAUUAAUAUCUGUGCUAACUGAAAGUGUGCUGCAAUGUUUUUAAUUAAAGAACUAUUAUUAAAUAUCACCGUCUUUAUACUUUUAUUUUGUUUUCGGUUGGUAGACAACAAGACCUUCAUAAACCUAAUCAUAUGCUGACGAAUACGAUCACUAAAUGGACCACCUUUUCUAUCUACUUAAUCAAAUCGAAUCGAAUCUUAUCCACUACCAGAACCCUCAAAUAUAUUAGGUAAUCCACAACAUUCCAAUGAAACUAGUCAAAUUACACUUGGAUAACUCAGAUAUACUUACGAAUCAAAUGAUAUUGAAAACUGCUUUAAAAUACCUAAAUAUCUCAAAGAACUAAUCGAAUCGAUACAUAUAGAUGUCUAUAACUUGAUACCCAAUAUCGUACAAUACUCACAUCAACAUAAGCAAAAUAUAUAUCCAAAAGAGAGUAAAGUUUUAACCUAGAUAUGCCACAGAUCGAUAAAUAUUUAUAGAUAUAUCAGAUAUUAGCUAUAUAUUGACAUGAAAGUCUUUAGUUUAUUUCCUCUGAAAUUCCACCUUUAGUUAACGAAAUUAUACAAAAAUUAGGAACGAAAAUAAGGACAAUAUGGAAACAUUUUUAGAAACUGCUAUUAUUUAUGUUUCUCAUCUAUCAGUUUAAAUUAUCUAAGCUAGGUUCACUUUUCACUAGAAUUUUCGGGCACUUAGUAAAUAAUGCAACACGACUAUACUAUAUAUAGAAAGAAUUAUAUAAAGAGAUAUAGCUAUCAACAAAAUGCAGUUAGCAAAUUAUUCAACCACUUCUGUGUAGUAAAAUGUCCCAACUAUGAGUAUUUUUCUAACCCAAACCGAAACCGAAACGUAGUGUGGAAAAGAUGUCCUACCAAUAACCAAUCAAGUUUAAUAAAAGAAAACCCUCCGUUUCAAGUUAUAAACAAAUGAACCAAAAUCGAAACAAAAAUGCUUAAGUCAACUAUCUAAUCAUUAGUGAAA